UUCCUGCAUUAACUGCAGUUGAAUAAGGAACUCUGUCUUCAUUUUGGCAUAAACUACGCCCGUGAACUAAUUUUAUUAAUCUCGUUUGCAUUUGGAAAUCAUAUUCCACGUUUUUCAAGUGGAAAGUGAGGGAAAAAAGAAAAACAUUAUAAAGCGGAUCGUGAAUAUUUUAAAAAAAUGUCGCUUUCUUUUACAACUGUGGAUGGAUCUGUGGGAAAAAGAUUGGAUAGAAUUUUUAAAGUGAAAUCGAGCUUUUUGAAAGUGCAACCAGGGGAAUGUUUGCUACCACCACAAUACGUUUUUAUUGCUAGUAGAAUUCGAGAUUUGGAAAUUCGUGAGGAUGAUGUCUGGAUUGUUUCAUACCCAAGAACAGGAAGUCAUUGGGUUCAAGAAAUGGUUUGGUGCAUCGGAAAAGAUUGCGAUUUUAAAACUGCGGAGACCCUUAUAUUUUUACGGAACCCUUUACUGGAAUCUUCAGCAUUAAUCGUAACAGGAGAUUAUGUUGAUUGGUUUUCGAAACUUGGUAAUUCAGUAGAAUAUGUAGAAGGGAUGCAAGGUCCACGUUACAUUAAAACACAUCUUCCAUGGGAAUUACUGCCGACACAAAUCCAUGAAAAGAAACCAAAGAUUAUCUACGUAACAAGGAAUCCUAAAGAUACUUGUGUAAGUUUCUACCAUUACUGCAGAACUUUUCAUGGGAUCGAAAGCAGCUUUGAAGAGUUUGCUGAUCUCUUUUUGGAAGACAGUGCACCAAUGGGAGCAUUUUGGAACCACAUACUUAAAUUUUGGGAACACAGAAAUGACGAAAAUGUACUUUUCCUGACAUACGAGGACAUGAAAACAAACCAAACUGAAAUGAUUAAGAAGACAGCUAAGUUUCUCAACAAGAAAAUAACGGAAGAGCAGAUUGAACAACUCAAAGAUCAUUUGAAAUUUUCGAAGAUGACAUCAAACCCUGCUGUAAAUUUAGAACAAAUUCUUCCUCAGAAAAAUGGGAACAAAGAUGAUCCAAAUAUUAGAUUCAUUAGAAAGGGACAAAUAGGAGACUGGAAAAAUUACAUGUCCAAAGAUUUGGAACGCCGAUUUAAUGAAUGGACUGAGAAAAGUUUCAAGGGAACUGGCUUUAAAUUUAAUGCUGAUGUGCCCAAUGGCGUUAUUGAUGAUAUAUAAUUAUUAUAUUAUUUAGGAGUACUUAUAAGGUUUUUUAUCAAGAGAAAUAUGUAUUACUUUUUUAAUACAAUAAUUACAAUUAGAAAUGUUUUUAUUUUAAUAUGUCUGUUAAUAAUAUACUCUAAGGAGCUGUAAAUAUUGUAUAACAUUUGAGAUAA